AUGCCGAUGAAGUAUAUAUUUGCCGACGCAGUGGUCGCUACUGCCACUACCCUGUACUCAUAUUACUAUGUGGUGUCAGCCAUCUGCGCAAAAAAGGCACGCCCUGCAGCUGCGAGAAUGAGGGAACUUGCCAUGGAAACCAAAUUGGUGAAAGAAUUGCGGGUGACCCGAAGUGGGAAGAAAUCACAAUACCCCGUAUUGAGACGGUUUGACAUGCCGCCUGCACUUCAGGGACCAAAGAGCCCCAUCAUCAUAAUCAUGAUAAUGGCCGCCGGCUACCUCGUACAGGGUCUCUUUGCUAAGCAAGACCCUGGUCGACCAUGGCUCAUGGCCGCCUCGCCUGGGGCACGUAAAAAGCGAAAGCGCCUUUAUGUCAUCCCGCCAAGAUGUCACCUUGCAUAG